AUGGCCACCGCCCGCGACCCUGGUGAUUUGCUUCGUUCAAAUGACGGCAAAGCAAAUUUCCAACGUUUGACUCGUCUGCUGAUAACUGGAGGUACUGCACUACUGAGGGAACUUUUUGACAUGUUUUGUCCUCCAAAUGAUCUUCCAAAGUGGCUGCAAAAUCCUGCCAUAAUGAACCAGCUUAAAAUAGCUAGGCUCACCAAACCACAAAGGGAUUGCCUAUACCCUUCCUCAGGGGUGUACGGAAAAUCAGUAGAAUUUGAUGUAACUCUACUCUUCAGGCUACUGAGGACACUUUGUGGCCUGAUCGAACCGGCUACAGGUUGGGAUGCUCUACCAGUAACAUCGGAUUACAGUUUGGAGGCAGAUUUAGCGAGAAUUAAAUACUAUCGGAACUCUAUCUAUGGUCAUGUUUCCCAGGACAUGGAGAUAUCAGAUGCAGCCGAGUUUUUAUCCUUAUGGAAAGAGAUAAGUGAGGCCCUUGUAAGGAUCGCGGGACACAUCAGCCAUGAGAAGAAAACGGAAUGGCAGAAGGCGAUUGAUAAGUUUUCGACAGAUCCCCUCACGGAUGAGGAUAGAAGAAAUGUAGAGGAAUUGCACACUUGGUAUCGUAACGAUAUGGAAGUAAAGAAAUCCCUAGAGAGACUAGAAGCCACAACUCAGGAAAUGAAAGAACAGAUGGGAGAGCUGCAUCAGAUUAUAGAUCGG